AUGCUUGUCAAUUAACUAAGUCACUAAGCUGAUCACGCUGCAUGGCAAUAAAGAGUAAACAGAGAAUUCGCAGAUAUUCAGGGAUAGAUAACUGAUGGAACGAUGCAGUCUUUCCAUGGAGGUUCAACAGCAUCAUGCUGGUGCUCAUCAAAUUACAUCACCCCGUUCACAAGACUUAACAGAGAUCAACGUGAUAAGAAGUAGUACGGAUUUUACCUAAAUGAUAGCACAUAUAAUAACGCCAGUGACCCAAAUUCUAUGAGAGAUUAGGGAAUGGUUAGAAACGCUCCAUAUAAUAUUCAGUAUUACCAGUAGUGUCCACCCUUAAAGUCAGCUAGAAACUAUUCGACAAAUGGCUUCUCAGAUAGAAGUAGACCAAUAACAGCAUCAUUUCACACCUCAGUAGGACCAAAGCAUACAAAUGUCAAGCCUAACUUGGAGCACAAUCAUACUUUCUAUAGUUUUGGUGGCAAGACACCAAUUAGAUCUAGCUACUCAAGCAAUCGCAAACCUCAUGUUAAUAUGGCUUUCACCUCAGUCAUUGAUUUCCACUAACAGGAAAAGCCUCAAGUGCUGCACCCUCAUUAAUUGGUGAGAGUCUAAGACUACACUAAAAACAUCAGUUAAUCUAUAUUUUCACCAGGCUUUUCUCAGCCAACUAAGCUAGAUAUCAGAGAACUCAGAAAAGAUGAAUACCGCAUUAGAAAGGAGCCUAGAAAAGCAAUGAGAAGUUUGCAAAAAGAACUAUCGAUGGAGCGAUAGAGGACUAAGAAUAUAAAGAAAGAGGUUGUUGAAGGUUUAAAGGAAAUGAUGGUUUAACUUAAGACUUUUAGUUAAAAUUGA